AUGCAUAGUUUUUCCCUUAUCACUUUCGCUGCAUUAUCUUUUCUGGUUCUGUUGGAAAAUGGCGUACAUUCAAGAAGUAUUCUUUCUAAACCUUUGUUACCUCUCGGUAAUUUGAUAAGAGCUUCCGAAAAAUCAUCCGGAGAUGUGUCUUCGGGCGAAGAUUCUUCCGACUAUUCGGAAAGCGAAGACUCUUCAGGAGGUUCCCAUGAACCUUCGGGCGGAAAAAUGAAGGUAGAAGUUGAAGGAGAGUUGAACAUCAAGGGACUGAACGGCGAUACACUCAAAACUAAAGACGAGGAAGAAACGACGACAACUACCGAAGAGCCGGAAACCACGACAGAAGAAGAGACGACAACAGAAGAAACAACAACUACUACUGAAGAGCCGACAACAACGACUGAGGAAGAGACGACUACCGAAGAGCCGACAACAACAACCGAAGAAUCCGAAAAUGGCGAUGACGAUGACGAUGAUGAUGAUGACGAUAACACGAUAAAAAUUGAGGGUUCUGUUGAAGUGGAGGACGAGGACAAUGACACCGAAGAAGACAAAAAAGAGCGAUCCGAGGAAGAAGAAGGAGGUGCUCCGCUGUUUCAAGUCAAAGAUAUUAACGUCACAGUUCCAGGCGCAACCUUGAACGCUGGAAAAGAUGCAAUGGAAGCAGUUGCGGGCGCUGCAGGAGCCGGAGGAGAAAAAAGUGACGCUUCUUCGUCGGAGGCUCCGGCCAAAGAUGAACGGGAUCCCGAAACAUCAGUGGCACCACCUGUCGAGGCAACUGAUGCAGCUGACAGCUAUGAGCGUCAAGCAAGUAGCGUCGCAACCGAGUCAUCUCCGCCGCCGGCACGUGCAUUUCCGUAUGAAAGUGCAGAAGAAUUGAACUACCCGGGUGCUGACUCAAAUCCUUAUGCUAGAUACGGAAUUCGAAGAGAGGGACGUACAGACAGAUGGUUUUAG